AUGUCACUUGAAGUAAAAUCACAUAUAAAUCAGUUUAUGGUCUCAUCAGACCCAAAAUCCAGUGAGCCGUUAAAGGCAAUCACUGCCAUAGUGACGCUUAUCGGGCAAGAUAAGAUGUCAUUACUUGAUUUGGUUAAGAACUUGGGUGAUUUUUUAACUGAUGAAGAGGAAUCAAUCAGAAGAAGGUCAUUGCUAUUACUAUCAAGCACUUUGGGUGAACUGAAUUCCAAAAAACUGGGUCCCCAGGAUAUCAAAGUUCUGCUAGCAUUUUACAGCAGCAAGUUAGAUGAUAUUGUUUGCACAAGAGAUGCUCUUUUAGGUAUCAUAUCAUUGCUAAAGAUGGACAGACUUGAUAAGAAUGACAUAACCAUAUAUUUGAAUCAGAUAAAUGAAAAGUAUGAUCCUUCUGAACAGUUGGCUUCAGCUAGGUACCUAGCAUUUUCUUCAUUGAAUUGCAUGCUCGACAAAUAUCCAGAAUACCUUUCUUCAAAUUUGAACGAUAUUUUUAUAGAUUCCUUUAUCAAGGUCACCACAAAUGAAAAGGACCCCAAAAAUUUGAUGCUGUCUUUCAAAAUUAACAAAAAGAUUUCCGAGUCUUUCGAUAUUUCUGCCAAAGAGUCGGAUCUGUUUGAUUGCCUCUUUUGCUACUUUCCUAUUUCAUUCAGGGCUCCAGAGAACAAUCCAUACGAUGUUACCGGUGAUCAGCUUAGGCAAGCUCUUCGUGAUUGUAUCUCAUGUAAUUCGUUGUAUGCGAAGGAUGCCUUUCCAACUCUUUUGGAAAAACUAACAUCUACAACACCAUCAGUUCGAAUGGAUGUACUUCAAACCAUAAAACAGUGCAUUGAAAAGUAUGAUGUUUCCACCAUUGAAGAAUAUUGGAUGACGUUGUGGAAUUCGUUGAAAUACGAAAUUUUACACAAGGAGUUGGCCAGUGCAGAGACUGUCGGUGAGAUGCUCAAAUACUACGGAAAUGCUGAAAGUAUAGAUGAGAGGCCAGUUGCCACUACCUUAAAAAUAUUUGAAUCUAUGUCCAAGCGGUUCCAGGACCCUACUCGUGGUAGCUACAGAGACUAUCUGAUUUUGGUCUACGAUUCGUUGAAACCGUUUUUAGAGGACCCAAAGAGCACCAAAGUGAAGCAAUCAACCAUUAUUAUGUCUAUUAUGUGUGGUGCAAAUGAAAACACAUUUAAUCUUCUUAUCGACAGGGUGAUGUCGUCGCUCUUUAAGCGGGCAAAGAGUGCCACCGGAUCAGAAAAUAUGAAUAUCAACGAUGAGAGGAUGCUUCUGUCAAACGUUUCCUUUAUGCUAGAUGCAUAUUACAGGCUCUAUGAUGAUUCGAAGGCAGUGGUGGACUCCAAUAACAAAUUCUUCAAGUUCAAGGAUGACAUCAUGAUGAUCAUCAACCGCUCGUUGCUUUCUACGUCGAAUGUGGAAGUGAAAUUAAGGUGUCUUGCCGUUAGGUUAGCGGUGAAACUUUUCAAGUUGAAUCAAUUUUUACAGGAGGAAGAGCGUCAACUUAUGGUUCAAACAUUAGGAGAUGUUUUACUCGAUGAUACAAACAAAAAUACAUUUGCACAGAUUUUGGCAGCACUAUCCACCAUUUCCAAAAUAUAUCCUAUGCUAAUCUUGGAGUACGUUGUUCCAAAAUUGAUGGUUUUACUACCGGAUGGCACUAAACGAGAUGAAUAUACUCCGACGGUUACCACUGAGUCCAAAUUGACUAAAGAAGAAGUUCUUGACACAUUGUUAAAGCUAUCUGACAACAAGCUCGUGGCAAAUUCUGUGAUAAUUCGACUUUUGAAUAUGUUGGAGUUGAUUUUGAAAAUCAAGGAGGGGGCCAGCGCAAAGGAAAAUUCACGUUACUGCAAAUUGUUGCUUUUCACAAUAUCAAAGGCCUUGAGUGGACUCUCGUACAAGGAUUCCACGGAAGACUACUUGACCAAAUUCUUGCCAUCGUUCUUACCACUAGUAUUCAACAACAUUUGCUUUGAUAAGCAAUCAUGCAUUUAUAGAAGUGCUGUUUCUGUUGAAUAUGUGAGCCGUUCUGUGAAGGAAAUAGUGGGUAAGUGCUCUCUUUCUACACAUCAACAAAUCAUUAAUGAUGCAUUUUCAUUACUUGCAAAUAAAGGUUCAGAUAAUCACAAGAACCACCUUGUUUCAGGAGAAUUUGACAGAGUGAUUGAUGUUCGUGAAGGUAAUGGCACAAUUCUUAUGCCAGUAUUGUUGGCAUUUUGCUCUGCUUGUAGCUACGAAAAUGUGAAAUUACCUGUUGACAAGAUUAAAUUUGUUGAUUCAUUAGUUGCGGCACUCGAUGACAAACAUCUAAAACUUGCUGAAAGACAGGCAUGCUUGCAGUUGAUAUCGGUUACUGUAAAUAAGUGGUUUACAGGGGAGCAAGAUACUUAUCUGAGAUCUAAAUUUGAGGAAAUUGGUAAUGGCCUUACCGAGAAUAGUGAUUUGGCAGCCGUUAUAAAUAUUUUAGAGGUUCAUAUCUGGGUUACAAAGGGAUUGAUGUUGAGAGAUGAUUCCCUUACCAAGACAUAUGUGGACUGGAUGGUUGAUGCCUUGGACAAAAAUCAAAAUGGUCAGAGUAAUAGCUACAAGAAGUUCAGAAAUUUUAUUCCUAGAUGCUUUGACAUCUUACUAGAAGAUAAAGACGAUUAUGCCAACUGCUUCAAAUGCUAUACUAGGCCAAUUGGGGCAUUUGGAAAAUCGGUUGCCGUUAAUGCUAACAUUAGAAAGUUGUACAAGCAGAAGUUUACGGACCAUGUUCUUCCUCUUCUUAUCAAAAGAUUUCAAGAGACAAGUAACGGUGAGGAUAAGGCUGAUUUGAUGGCCAUAUCCGCCAUUGUCAAGCACUUGAAUAGACAGCUUAUCAAUCCUCACUUGAAGCAAUUUACGCCAGUGCUUAUGUCGGCAUUGAAGCAUGAUGAGAUGAUCAUAUUGGAUGCUGCUCUAGAAAUAUUGCGUACGAGUAUUGAGGAGCUUCCGGAGGAAGUGGAAGCACAAAUUUAUACUGUCAUCCCAAGAUUGUUGGAGAUUUUGAACGAUACCAAUAUUUCAAAGACAGAGGAGUCGAGGGAGAAGGUGCUGAGAUGCUUGAUUGGAAUUUCUAAGUUUACCCUUCAUAAGAUUAUGCCAUUUAGAGAUGACAUAAUUCUGGGAUGUGAAAGUGCAUUGGAUGAUGAUAAGCGUGCUAUUAGAAAGUUGGAUUGUGAUUGCCGGCAGAUAUAUUAUGAGCUUGGCCAUUCGACAUGA